UUCAAGUGCCUCACUUUGCUAAGAUUAAUUAUAACCUUGUUAAUUAUUAUCAAGAACAUCAAAGUGAUGCAGAAAAUCCAAAUCAUUUUCUUGGUUUUCUUUUUUGUUGCAGCAAUGACAGAUUCUGAACCACCAUCCACAGAAGCAAAAGUGUAUAUUGUUCAUACUGAAAAUCCUCAAGAUCAAGACCCUGAGGAGUUUCAUAUCAAGACCUUAGCUUCUGUUCUUGGCAGUGAGGAUGCUGCAAAGGAGGCUUUGAUUUACAGUUACAAGCAUGCGGCUAGUGGGUUCGCUGCCAAGCUGACUCCUGAGCAGGUUUCUGAGCUUGCAAAAAAACCUGGGGUCUUGCAAAUUGUCCCAAGCAAAACCCUCCAUUUACAUGGACCGGAGCGUAUGUGAAAACCAACUCUUGCG